CCGUACUUCAGAAAAUAACAGAGCAUGUCGGUAAGUAUUAAAAUUGCGCAACUUCAAUAAGAUAUGAAUGUGACGAAUUGUACCGAUGAUCGAUCCAUAUUAUGGACGAGGAGUAACAUUAGUGACUAUCAUACAACGUUCCCUAUUCGAUUGCGAUGGCAUGGGAGAACGAUGUAGCGUACUCUAUGACUCCUAUCAAACUCCUAACUAUACCAAUAGGUGGUUGGCCCUUGCAAGAAUACAAUAAUUUCGCUUUAGCGCGUCAUGUCUUGUCUACCUGCGGGCUGAGUGUGAUAGUGAUUAUGGCGUAUCUCGAGCUCUAUUACAAUUGCACCAAUGCGUUCGCGCAAAUUGAUGCCUUAAUGAUUCUCGUGUGUGGUAUUCUCGCAUUGUUGAAAAUAACGUGGUUUCGUAUAUAUGCCGACAAUCUGAUUUCCAACUAUGCUUCUGCCAUGAGAGAUUAUUACGCGAUCGACACUGAAGACAAGCGCACUAUCAUGCGAGACCACGCCUCUAUGGGAAGGAUAAUCAGUAUUAUUGCCCUGGCAAUUACUUAUGUGGAUUCGGUCAUCUUUAUCGUAGGACACAUGUUGGCCAGCGGUCCGGAUAAUCAGGUCAACGUAUCCGUUUGGGGUCAUCAAUUGGGAUACGCUCUUCCGUCAACGUGUGCCUUGGCAUAUUUUCAUAUCUCGACAGGCUCAUAUUGGAUCAUUUGCAUACUGCAGUAUGUUUACUUGAUGAUCACGUGCAUUAGCAAUCACGGGAGCGAUUCCUUAUUCCUUCAUAUUGCAUUACAUGUUUGCGGCCAACUGAAAAUUUUGAAAGUCCAUUUCACCAAUUUUAACGUAACAAAUCCGAAAGUUUACGAACGGUUCAACGUAUUAAUUCUGAGGCAUAAGCAUUUGAUAAAAAUGGCGAGAAAACUUGCUGAGACAAUUAGCUUCGUUUUGAUUGUACAACUCUUUAUCAGCAGUGUACUUCUAUGCAUAUUAGGAUUCCAAUUUAUUAUUGCAAUGAAAACAAGUGACUAUAGUAUGAUGUCAAAAAGUUUUUUAGUACUUAGCGCUUUUCUGGCGCAAUUAGCGGCGUACAGUUUUGUUGGAGAUUACUUAAAAUCACAAAUGGAGGAAGUCGCGCUGUCCAUUUAUUAUUGCGCUUGGUAUAAUCUUCCUGCGAAAGUAGCAAAGAAUCUAGUAUUUAUCAUGAUGUGGACCCAGCUUCCGAUUAAGCUGCAAGCUGGAAAUUUCAUUAUAGUAGAUCUAGUAACCUUCAUGAGUAUCAUAAAGACGUCUAUUUCAUAUCUAUCUGUUCUUCGCAUUGUGAUGCUGAUGGUGUUGUAUCUUGAACUAUAUUAUAAUUGCAGCGACGCGUACGCGAAAUUCGACGCUCUUAUGAUCAUUACUUGCGGCACCCUUGCUGUAAUGAAGAUAUCAUGUUUUCGCAUAUAUGCCAACAAUCUGACUCGCAAUUUUACUUCUGCCGUGAACGAUUAUCUCGCAAUUGACACCGAGAAGAAGCGCACAAUCAUGCGGCAGCAUGCCUUUAUAGGAAGGGUGAUUUGCUGCAGUCUUAUAUUCUUCGCUUAUAUUGGUUCGGUGACUUUCGGCCUUGUGGCUCUAUUCGCAGGCGACAAGAAUCAAGUUCGACUUAAUGUAUCCAAGGAUGCAGCAUAUCCCAUGCCUUCAACGUGCACGUUAGCGAACUUUCAUAUCUCGACAAGCGUGUAUUUGCUGAUCUUCGUGGUGCAAUAUAUCUUAUUAGUGCUCACCAGCACUGGCAAUCUUGGCAGUGAUUCACUUUUCCUCGCGAUUACUAUGCACGUUUGUGGGCAAGUAAAACUUUUAAAAGACGAAUUUAUGAAUUUCGGUAUGGAAAACAAAAAUAUAAACGAAGAGUUUGUGAAACUGACAAUGAGACAUCGUCAUCUACUAGAUUAUGCAGAACUUCUGGCCGAUACAAUCAGCUUCGUGUUGUUAGCACAAUUGCUCAUCAGUUGCAUUCUUAUUUGUAUAACCGGUUUCCAAUUCAUCCUAGCUUUGAAAGUGGGUGACCUGGUAAUGAUAACUAAAACUGUAAUGGUCCUGGGCUGUUUUCUGUCACAGCUGUUUGCUUACAGUUUUGUAGGUGAUUAUUUAAAGUAUCAGAUGGAAGAAGUUGCACACUCGAUUUAUUGCUGUAAUUGGCAAUGCUUGUCAGUAAAAUUUAUGAAGAAUGUCUUGUUCGUCAUUAUGCGGUCACAACAGCCUGUUCAGUUAGCAGCUGGCAAGUUUAUCGUCGUGAAUAUCGAGACUUACAUGACCAUAUUAAAAACUUCCCUCUCAUAUCUGUCCGUGUUGCGUGUGAUGUUGGACUAAAGCAAAGGUAUAAUCACCGAAACACUUAAAAAAGCAUUCGUGCACAGCAGUAAUGAACAUUAUGAUCUUGCGUGCCAUGAAAAGAAUUACUCUUAUAGCAUAAUGCUAUGAUGCUGAACGUGUCUUAAAUUAAGUUGAACUAAAUUGCAUUCCUCACUAUCAAUAUCAAUAAAUGUAUAGUCCAUAUAAAUAAUUCACAGUUUUAAGGAGAGUGCAUAUCUUGCGAUUGUAGAGAUAAAUGCAAUUUUAUAAUUAGAACUGAAUAUGGCUAAAUGGAUAUAAUACAAACGUUUAUGUGUAAAAUGCAUAAAAGAAAUAGAUAAUUAUUAAGUUAUAUUCUAUCAUAUAUAAUUCUCGGUAUCUGUCGACCAAAUAAUUUGUACAGUCGAUAUAACUUCUAUAAUAAUCUAUAUAUCCUAUAAUAAUAUAUAAUAACUAUAAUAGUAUGUAUCAACCAGCGCUAUAGCUACCAUAAAAUAUGUGACAGAGAAUUAUCUUCAAACCUUAUAAUGAGAGUCUUUAAGUAUAGGUUAUGGUACCCAUAGAACUGUCUUACUGGCUAAUAAAUCUAUGUUCAGG